AAAAUAUAGAUGGCAUAUGAAGUACCCCGAACCGGUCAAAUACUUCCCCCUCCCUUGCGAUGAGUUACCUAGACUUAGGUAUAAGAUGGAGCCCGCCCACAUCCCACAUUACCUCCUCCCCAACAACAUUCCACCCCAUCUCCAAGCCCAAGCCGACCAAGCCGACCAAGCCGAACAACCCAAUCCCCAACCGGAGCAACCCGAGCAUCAAGAGGGACACGACUAUUUCCAACAUGACAUCCCCGACCCUCCCCAAAAUCCGCCACCACAAGACUUUUUCCAACAACUCUUGGAGGGUCAACAAUCCCUCCUAGCCGGGUUCCAAACAAUGUGCCUUGAUUACACCAAAAUGGGAGAGCAAUUCACCCAACUUCAAGGAGAAAUAGGCCAUUACCGGAACGAGCAACAAGCAAGAGAACGGCAAUUUGAUGCUUACCGGGAGGAGCAACGGUUGGCUUUUCAAAGGAUGGAAGAACAAAGGGCGGCCGACAUGAAAAGGUAUGAAGAAGACUACCGGAGGAUGUAUGGACCGACAUAUUCGUACAUGUCCCAACUUGGUGGGUUUGCCUCCAUGGCCUCACCUCCACCGGCACCUUCUUGGUACAACCCCUCCGAUUGGGGUAAUUUUGGCGGCUCGAGUUCCGGCGGUGGUGGCUAUGAUGGCGGGGAUACUACCAUGGGCGAGGGGGGCGGUGAUGACAUGCACGGGAGCGGCUUUGGAGGAAGCUAUUACGGAGGAGAAGGCGGGCACUAGGGAUAGUGCCAUGUUUCAAGUGUGGGGGAGGAAGAUUUAUCUUGUGGACAUCAUCUCUAAGAGAAGAGGAAGAGAAGAGGAAGAGAAGAGGAAGAGAAGAGGAAGAGAA